AUGGCACUUUCAAGCUCCAGCCUUUCAGAGCUUGAAGCUCUCGCCGCGACGUGUCUGGUGCAGGCCGGCUUGUUCAGUCGCAGUCUCGAAAGCUCCAAGCUUGUAAAUGAGCACACGAGGUCUGCCCAUCAAGGCGGUGUAGAGCUGAGAGAUAUACAUUUGUCUUUGUUUGAAUCGGUGCAGAAUCUUCUCCUGAUGGUGACCCCGCCCGAAUUUAUCCUCACCCAAGGUCUUUCUGCGAGCAUCAUGGAUCUUACAGCUUUACGAUACAUCAAUCGAUUUGCUGUCGCUAAGGGUGUCCCAACCACCGAAAAGAUAUCCUACGCAGCGUUGGCAGAAAAAAUCGUCGUCGAUGUAUCUCAAUUGAAGCGGGUACUACGAUACGCCAUGACAAAGGGUAUCUUCGUCGAAGUGGACGGUGAAGUGGCCCACACAGAGACAUCACUGCUUCUCCUCCAGGAUGGCAUUGCGACUUUGAGUAAGUAUUCCAGCGACCGCGGAUGGCCGAUCGCGAGCUGUUUCAACGAUUCGAUCGACAAAUGGGGCCAUGGCUCGCAGGAGCCGAACGAGACGGCUUUCAACGUCUUCAAGGACACGGAUUUGUCCAUGUUCGAGUAUCACGAGCAGCACCCGGCGUUUGGCGCCGACUUCCACGCCGUCAUGAAUCAAUUCACCAAGUCGCCACCACUGUCGCAUGAGCACAUCAAGUCGGCAUUUGAAUGGAGCAGCCUGUCUCACGCAAUAAUCGUUGACGUGGGCGGGAGCCUUGGCCAUGGCAGUAUUGCCAUUCUUGAGACCAACCCGACACUCACGUGUAUCGUCCAAGACCUCCCAAAGACUGUCGCCCGGGCUACAGAUCCUUCGAUAUCAAUCGUCCCUGCCCAUAUGAAGAACCGGAUCAGCUUCCAAGAGCAUAGCUUCUGGGACCCUCAACCUGUCGUCGCCGACAUUUAUUUCCUCCGGAUGAUAUUUCACGACUGGGCAAAUAAAUAUGCCAAGAAGAUCCUGCAGGCUCUUCUUGUGGGCAUGAGGCCUGGAUCGAAAAUCCUGAUCAUGGACUACGUCACACUUCCAUAUGGUACGCUCAAAAUCGGCGAUGAGCGACGAAUGCGAGUCCGGGAUAUGCAAAUGAUGGUAAUGCAUAAUGCGCUGGAACGAGAUGAGGGUGAAUGGAGACGUCUAUUUGCCGAGACCGAUCCCAGGCUGAGACUGAUCAAGAUACGCAAGCCGGUCGGAAGCGCUCUGUCAUUGCUUGAAGUGGUUUUGGAUCAUCGCAGGGAUUCUGUGGUUCAGCCUUGA